CUAUUCAACAUGAAGGCUUUCUUUGCUCUGGUGGCUCUGGCAGCUAUUGCCGCUCCUGCGAUGGGAGGACGCACCUUGGACCGUUGCUCCCUGGCCAGGGAGAUGUCCAACCUGGGAGUUCCUCGUGACCAACUGGACAAGUGGACCUGCAUUGCCCAGCACGAGUCUGACUACCGCACCUGGGUGGUGGGACCUGCCAACUCCGAUGGCUCCAACGACUACGGAAUCUUCCAGAUCAACGAUCUGUACUGGUGCCAGGCCGAUGGUCGCUUCUCCUACAACGAGUGUGGACUCAGUUGCAAUGCCCUGUUGAGCGAUGACAUCACCAACUCCGUUCGUUGUGCCCAGAAGGUCCUCAGUCAGCAGGGAUGGUCCGCCUGGGCCGUCUGGCACUACUGCAGCGGUUGGUUGCCGUCCAUCGAUGAGUGCUUCUAAACUGAUUUUGAUCACGAAUAAAACGAUUGCAUAUAAACCCGAA